UUUUUGAAAGUUAAUUUUAAAAUACAGUAAUAUUGUAACAUAAUUAGCUAUAUAACAAACCCAUUUAGAAAUGCCGAACAAAACUGAAAAUGUCUUAGCAUUUUAGUUCAGUGGUUUCAUAUCUCACGUUCUUGUUGUAAGCCUUAGCUAUCCUGGCAUUAACCAGUCUUCACGACAAUUCAUUUGUUACAUUGAACGUUUUGCAAAAACACGUGCUUUUGUUUUGAAGGUAGCUCUGGUGGCGGGCGGCAACGUUUUCCUUUUGGUAACUUUCCACAGAAAACAAUCUAGGGAGGGAAAAAAAAUCGAACCCGUGUUGAUGUACGUAGUUAUCUUGUAGAGCGGUUUAAAUUUAUGCGACUUAAUGUGUUUUUGUACAUUCAUACGGAACAAACCAAAUUUUAAAAAACGUGCUUUAGUCAAGCUGCUUGUGUGGCUGAGCGGCUAACGAGCUAACACCAGCAAAGAGCGUAGCAGUGUAGCAGAGUACCAGCGGCUCCUCCUCACUCCAACUCCCGGACACAAUGUCUCUUAUGGACCUGGGGAAACGUCUGCUGGACGCAGCUCGUAAAGGUCAGGAUGAUGAGGUCAGAAACCUGAUGGCCAACGGCGCUCCUUUCACCACCGACUGGUUGGGAACAUCACCGCUCCACCUAGCGGCUCAGCAUGGCCACUACUCCACCGCUGACGUCCUUCUCAGAGCCGGUGUCAGCAGAGAUGCUCGCACCAAGGUGGACAGGACACCGCUGCACAUGGCAGCCGCUGAGGGACAUAAUGUUAUUGUAGAGCUGCUGGUCCGGAGUGGCGCUGACAUUAACGCCAAAGACAUGUUGAAGAUGACGGCGCUGCACUGGGCGGCCCAGCAUGGACACCACAACGUAGCCCAGACGCUCCUCAAACAUGGAGCCGAUGUUCACGCACUCAGCAAGUUUGACAAGACACCCUUCGACAUCGCAGUGGACAUCCAGAACACGGAGCUGAUGCUGCUGCUGCAGGAGGGCAUGCAGAACCAGGUGAAUGUGAACCAGGUGAACAUGAAUGUGGAGACCAGCAGCAACAACCAACCACAGUUCAUCAUCCAGGGGAUUCCUGCCAUCCAAGGGGGUGUGGUCAACCUGGCAGAUCUGCUCAACAAGGCCAACGCUGGAGAGUCGGAGGAGGCGAUGGCAGCCAGCGCUCUGGACUCAAACAUCCAGCACGCCACGGUGGUAAAUGAGGGAGGUCAGAGGGUCAUCACCAUCGUCACAGACCAGCACGGGAACCUGCAGACCUCCGGAGGAAUGACACAGCCGUUCUUUGUCACCAUGCAGCACGGACAGCAGAUGCUAGCAGUGCCGGCUAACACGGUUACAGAGGAGGUGGUGACAGAGGAGCCGCAGCCGCCUCCCUCCAGGAAGAGGAAGCUGGAGGUGACCAACAACCACGAGUCAGGAGAGACGGAGCUGCUGCAGCGCCAGCUACAGGAGGCCAACAGAAAAGCUCAGGAAUAUCGUCAGCAACUUCUGCGCAAGGAGCAAGAGGCAGAGGAGUACCGUAUAAAGCUGGAGGCCAUGGCUCAGAGUCAGGCCAACAACACUAACAACAGCAACGCCGCCGCCAGUCCUGAGGAGGUGGUGGGAGGAGAGGAGGAGGAGGAGGAGCCAUCAGCUGCAGGUGUGGUAGAGGAAGAGAGUGAGAUGGUGGUGCUGCAGGAGGGAGGCAUCAUCAUGGAGGGUGAGGAGGGUCAGGUGACUCUGGUAGAGGCAGGAGGAGAGGCCACAGAGGUCAGCUCCUAGCGUACAGAGAAGAAUGGCUGCUUCAAAAACCACAGACUUUUUUAUCGUUGACAAAACUGGUCCAUGUUCUGGUUCUAGAUCAGUCUCAUCACGACACCUUCACACCUAUUUUAGUUUCCACAGUUCAGUGAGCCAAUCACGUACUGGUUGAUCAAUAAUACAUGUGUGUUGGCUUCAAAAAUGAGAAACACCCAGAAUUCACAGUAGAGGAAGUAGAAGAGUUGACUUUGAACGUCUCACUGGCAUGUGAUUGUUCUCUGAUGGUGCGUUUAGGGACACUGACAAGAUUUAGUCUGAAAGUCAAACAUGUUGUAAACAAACGUUUUUAAUGAAGUUUUUUUUUUCCUGAUGAUUAUUCUGUUUCCAUAUGAAAAUGUUAAUGACUCAACAUGUACCUGAACACAACACUUCCCUCAUAUUGUUCUCAACUGUACUGAAGACUCAGAACCUGUCUUUUUACCCUCAUUCACCGCUACCUGAACACCUUCACCCAUUCUUAACAUAAUGGUGUCCCACUGCAGUGGUUCAGCUUUACCAAACUGUCCUUGAACACACCAUGUCAUGAACAUGGCUUCACCAACUGGUAUCUGAAUGUUACAUUUUUUAAUACCCUGAAAGUAAGGACACAUUUUAGCAUCGUGCUUCAUAAAGCAGCAGCGGUAUGGCACAUUUUCACCAUUUGUUCCUGAACGCCACAUUCCCCUGAGAAGAAUGUGAAUCCCUCACUUCAGUUUCCUGCAGUCUCACCUGAACAUAUCCUUGACUGAUGAGAUACCUCAGUUUCCAUGUCCAAGGCUGCAGCUCUCCAGAGUCAUUCACCUGUCCUUAAAUGCAUCUGAGCUGAAUGUGAUGUUUUCACCCAACUGAAACAUUACCCUCAAACGCAACACUCGCUCUCUUUCAUUUUUCACACACAAAACACCAAAUGUUCAGUUCUCCAAUGUCAACAUUCAGAUUCUUCCUUUACCCCUGACCCCCACCACCCCACUGUGUAUCUUUAGUAGUCGAUGAGUUCCUGUCAGUUGUGUGUGUGAGAGAGAGUGUGUGUGUGCUGGUUAUUUUUCUUCAAUUCAGAGAGAAGCAGACUUUUUGUAUGUACAUAUAAAUAUAAAUGUGUAUUUUUUUAACUGUUCCUGAACGAACACAUUGUAACGGCUGCUAACGAAACAUGGCCGCCAUCAUGUAAUGAAUAUAAACCUUUGUUUUUCUUAUUUACCAAUAA